UCCAAAAACGAUGCAAAGCAUUGCAAUAUGCCAGUGAUCUAGUGAGGAACAGAGAGGGAAGAAGCAAAAAAUCACCAAAAUCCCCCUGAAUUGAACUUCGUGUUGUUUAAUUACUUUCUUCUAUGCACUAACAGUUGGGAUCCUUGGAACUUGUGUGUGAACGAUUUAGUUAGAGGAAUGGACCCUAUGGAAGCUCUUGUUGCCCAAAUCCAAGGGUUGUCGAGCACCCCUGGAGACAUCGCACGCCUCCACAUCAUUCUCAAGCAAGCUGAGGACUCGCUCCGUGCUGAGUCGACUCGGUUGUCCCCCGUUCUCGGCCAACUCGCUCCCUCCGAGCACUCCCUUGGUUUUCUCUAUGUCCUAGAUGCGUUCACAUCUGGUCAGAUUUCAAAGCAGCAAGCUGAGACAUCAGUUCCUAUCAUUACUGGGUUUAUUAAUGCUUGCAAUGCAGAGCAAAUUCGGUUGGCGCCGGAAAAGUUCGUAUUGGUAUGCAAGAGACUCAAAGACCAAGUAAUGAUGCUUGAAGCUCCCAUUCGUGGCAUUGGUCCCUUGUUAACCGCUGCUAGGAAACUUCAGUUGUCCACCGAACACUUGACUCCUUUGCACUCGGACUUUCUUAUGCUUUGUGUGUUGGCAAAAUGCUAUAAAACUGGCCUAUCAAUAUUGGAGGAUGACAUUUUUGAAGUUGAUCAGCCGAGAGACCUUUUCCUCUACUGUUACUAUGGAGGCAUGAUAUGCAUUGGACUGAAACGAUUUCAAAAGGCAUUGGACCUUCUGCAUAAUGUAGUAACUGCUCCAAUGUCUACAUUGAAUGCUAUAGCUGUUGAAGCUUAUAAAAAAUAUAUAUUGGUUUCUCUCAUUCAUCAUGGACAGUGGCAGCUAUCUACAAGCCUUCCUAAAUAUGCCUCGUCAGUUGCUCAGAGAAGCCUAAAGAACUUCUGUCAGCCUUAUAUCGAAUUGGCAAAUAGUUAUGGCACAGAGAAAAUUGCAGAAUUAGAGGCUUAUGUCCAGACAAAUACAGAGAAGUUUGAAAAUGACAACAAUCUUGGGUUGGUUAAGCAGGUUGUAUUGUCCAUGUAUAAGCGAAAUAUUCAAAGAUUGACCCAGACAUACUUGACCCUUUCUCUCCAAGAUAUUGCCAACACAGUUCAGUUAAAUAGUCCCAAGGAAGCAGAGAUGCACGUACUACAAAUGAUUCAAGACGGUGAAAUAUAUGCAACAAUUAACCAGAGGGAUGGAAUGGUUAGAUUCUUAGAGGAUCCUGAACAGUAUAAAACUUGUGAGAUGAUUGAGAAUAUUGAUUCAUCAAUCCAGAGGAUAAUGGCAUUAUCAAGGAAACUAAGUGCAAUGGAUGAACAAAUUUCAUGCGACCAGUUAUACUUAUCUAAGGUGGGAAGGGAGCGGCAAAGAUACGACUUUGAUGACUUCGAUGUUCCAACAAAAUUCAACAUUUAAGGCUUUAAAAAUGAAGACUAUAUAUGGUGGGAAUGAUGCUAGUAGAUUUGUUCAGUUGAUCAUUUUCCCUUUGGUGUUAAUGGGUUUUUGUUUAUUUUGCCGCCAAUUGGAAGAACAAAGUAGUUCAUCUUUGAAUUAUCUUGGGGAAUGUUAAACUGUACUUGCUGAUGAACUUGUUGACUGUUAUCUCAAGAUUCUUUCCAUUUUUGUGAUAUUUCCUUACUGAUAUCAUAUUUACAUAUUAAAAUUCAAUUUACGGGGCAUAUAUUUU